CCAAUAUGGAACCCGCCCACGGGAGGGGGUUGACGACGGGAGAGGAUGGGAGGAGUACUUCUCGCGAGAAAAGAGCAACAGCUGGCGACCAGAGGCAGGAACUCUCAGGGACUGUUCUUAAGGGCGCGAAGGCGGACCCGGGAAGGAGGGAUAAGUGGGCAACACAUGCCGCGUGCGCCCCACCGUGGUCACCGGGGCGAAUGCCUGGCUCGGUGCUGGAGAGCGACAGUGACUAAUAGGGUGUCGGGAAAAAUACCGAAAGAUCUUUGAACUGCGGGUAGUCACCAACAGCCGAGCAUCUGCUCAGUGGAACCCUUAAUUUCCAAGAAAUACAUUUAAAAAGAAAUGAUGCAACCAGAGAAAGGGUUCCAGGGUUUUGGCUCUAAACGUAAGCAAAAUUCUUUUGCCUAUGACGUCCAGCGAGAUGUGUACAAUGAGGAGACCUUUCAACAAGACCACAGAAGGAAGAGCGUUUCCUCUGGGAACUUGGAUAUUGACAUCACUACCUUCAGACACCACAUCCAGUGCCGCUGCUCAUGGCACAAGUUUCUAAGAUGCAUGCUAACGAUCUUUCCCUUCCUGGAGUGGAUGUGUUUGUACCGAUUCAAGGAUUGGCUUCUCGGAGACCUACUUGCCGGUAUAAGUGUUGGCCUUGUGCAAGUUCCCCAAGCCCUGACGUUUAGUUUGCUGGCAAGGCAGCUGAUUCCUCCUCUCAAUGUCUGUUACGCAGCUUUCUGUUCUUCAGUAAUUUAUGUCAUUUUUGGAUCGUGUCAUCAAAUGUCCAUUGGUUCCUACUUCCUUGUGAGUGCUCUGAUGAUCAAUGUCCUGAGAUUGUACCCAUUCAACAGUGGCCACCUGAUUCUGGGGGCUUUCAUCAAGGAUGACUUUUCUAAGCCCUCCUUCUUUGAGGACUAUAACAGAUCCUUGAGUGUGGUGGCAUCCACAACUUUUCUGACUGGGAUUAUUCAGCUAUCAAUGGGCUUGUUAGGUUUCGGCUUCAUUGCCACUUACCUUCCGGAAGCGGCAAUCAGCGCUUACCUGGCGGCCACGGCACUACACAUUAUUCUGUCCCAGCUGACUUGCAUCUUCGGGAUUGUGAUUAGCUUCCACUCUGGUCCCAUCUCCUUCUUCUAUAACAUAGUUAACUACUGUGUAACUCUCCCAAAAGCUAAUUCUACCAGCAUCCUACUAUUUCUAACUGCUGUUGUAGCCCUGAGAAGCAACAAAUGUAUCAGAAUGUCCUUCAAUCAGUAUCCCAUCGAGUUUCCCAUGGAAGUUUUUCUGAUUCUUGGCUUCACUGCGUUUGCAAACAAGAUAAGCAUAGCCACAGAAACCAGCAGGAUGCUCAUCGAUAUGAUUCCUUAUAGCUUCCUGUUUCCUGUGAUGCCAGAUUUGAACAUUCUUCCUGAAUUAAUUUUAGAAGCCUUCUCCUUAGCUUUAGUGAGCUCCUCUCUGCUGGUAUUUGUGGGCAAGAAGGUUGCCAGUCGCCAUAACUACCGUGUUAAUUCCAACCAGGAUUUAAUAGCCAUCGGCCUUUGCAAUGUCGUCAGCUCAUUUUUCAGAUCUUGCGUGUUUACUAGUGCUGUUGUCAGGACUAUUAUCCAAGAUAAGUCUGGAGGAAGACAACAGUUUGCAUCUCUGGUAGGCGCUGGUGUGAUGUUGCUCCUGAUGGUCAAAGUGGGACCCUUUUUCUACGAACUGCCAAACGCUGUGCUGGCUGGUAUUAUUCUGAGCAACAUCUUCCCCUACCUUGAAACCAUUUACAACGUACCCAAUCUGUGGAGGCAGAACCAGUAUGACUGUAUUAUCUGGAUGGUUACUUUCGUAUCUGCAAUUUUCCUGGGACUGGAUGUGGGACUACUCGUUUCACUAGCCUUUGCCUUCUUCAUCAUCGCUGUUCGGUCACACAGAACUAAGAUUUUCCUCCUGGGUCAGAUCCCUAACACCAACAUCUAUAGAAGCUUCAAUGACUAUCGGGAGGUUAAAAACAUUCCUGGGGUGAAAAUCUUCCAGUGCCGCAACUCCAUCACAUUCGUCAAUGUUGAUCAGCUAAAGCACAAGCUAUUAAAAGAGGUUGAAAUGGUAGGGGUGCCUCUUAAAGAAGAAGAAGUGUUCCACCUGUUUAAUCAAAAUGAAGACAACUCACAGGAAGAAAAGAUUUGUCAGUGUUUCUGCAACUGUGACGAACAGGAGCCACCACCCAGGGUUGUCUACACAGAACGAUUUGAAAGUAGACAGGAUCGCGACUCAUCCUCCAUUAACCUGAUCCGCUGCUCGCAUUUCGACAGCAUGAACAUGUGCCAGUCCGUGUCCCAUGAGGAAGUACCGUACAUCGUAUCUUCCACGACUUACAGAAAUCAAGGGCAAAGCUAUGAGGACGUGGACAAAGUUUGGGUUUCUAAUGACCCCCGUAGAAACAGCUUGAUGCCACUGCCUGACGCUGUGGAAACCCAAGAGAGGAACAGGUCACUCCUUCCCUUCUCGGAUACCUCUCAUCUACCCAGCAUCCACACCAUUAUCCUGGAUUUCUCCAUGGUACAUUUCGUGGAUUCACGGGCUUCAGUGUCCUUAAGACAAAUGUGCAACGCUUUCCAAAAUGCCAACAUUUUGGUGCUCUUUUCAGGGUGUCACACUUCUGUGGUCAAGGCAUUUGAGAAGAAUGAUUUCUUUGAUGCUGGCAUCACCAAGGCCCAGCUCUUCCUCACCCUCCACGAUGCCGUGCUAUUUGCCUUGUCAAGGAAGUUUCCAGAGUCCUCCGAGUUAAGCGUGGAUGAAUCUGAGACAGUGAUACGGGAAGCCUACUCAGAAAGAGACAAGAAUGGAGAGCCAAGACGUGAAAUGAGCGGCAAUCUUCCAGAAGUCUCUAAAAACGCAAAUCCAGACUACAUCAUGAUGCAGGAACCGAUAACAAAGGAGGAGUUGGAGCUAGACCUGGAGCUGGAGCCCACAGUGGAAUCAGAGCAAGAGACUGGACUAGAUCUCGAGCUGGACCUGACUCAUGGGAUGGAGCCUGAGUCAGAGCUAGAGCCUGAAUCUGAGCUAGAGCCUGAAAUAGAGCUAGAGCCUGAGUUGGAGCCUGAGCCCGAGCCCGAGGCUGAGCUCGAGGCUGAGCUCAAACCCAGGCCAAGGGCUCACACUUAUCCUUGGCAGCAGUACUGGUCUCUGUAUCCGUCUACACUUCCCAGAUCUCCAGUUCAGGCUCGGCGUGGGACACCGUCAGUUGAGAGGAGGCGUCAACAUAUGAGUUUAUAUUCACCCAAGGACAGUAAUACUGAAGACUGUUAGGAAAUGAACUGGGAAUAAGGAGUCAGAUUCCCUUGGCAAACCCUCCCCACCCAAAUGGGGUCACUUGGUCAGAAGACCUAGACUAGUUACAAACUAGCAAUACUUGAUUUGGGACUCCUUCAUCUGCUGGCCUCUUCCUUGCUCAACACGGAUGUCACUCCCAGAUCACAAUGCUAAACACCAAGAGUUAUCUCUGAAUUCCCUAUCUAGGCUUACCUCAUCUCACCAUCAGCAGAUAUUCUAGUAAAGGAUUUCCUUCUUUGCACACCCCGUACUCUGGGGGUUUUGUCCAAGCAUCUCUAACUUACUUCUCUCAUCUCCGUUCCCCUUUCUCCAAAGAGAUGAGACUCAAAUAAAAUAUACAACUCUAGUUACAUUUGGACACUUCCUGCAUCUUUCCCUUCUCUAUAGUCUAUAUGCCUAAAGAAAGGUUGGGUGGGAGAAAUUCCAGAAGUGGGUGGACAUGGUGAAGAAGAUAUAAGCAAGAAAAAGAAAAACUGGGUGGCAUUUGUAUUUUAUAUGCAAGGUAUCUUCAUUAAACACUGGUGGUGGAAAUGGGGAAGUAGAUAGGUUAAGUUAAGCCGGCCUGCAAGGCUUAUAAUCUAAGGAACUGUUACGCUGAAAACACUUUUGUCAUCACUCCAAGAGCAGGAUGUUUUCCUAAUCCUACCACUGUUUCAGAAGACUAGUCAGCUGUACCAACUGAUGAGAAGGUUAGCUCUAUAGAGCUCUAUUUGGUAUCCAGAUUCAUAUUCACCACUGUUUCGUCCUUACAAGUUUUUAAGAUACAAGCAAUCUAGAAUCUGU